AUACUUGAAUAACAGUGCAGAUGCAUUUUGGUAACAGAAUGAUGGCACGAACACUCACUGUUACUUUGCAUCAGCAUUGUUCUUAAAGUAAAGUUUUUGUUGUACAAAUGUUCAGUGGAAAUUGUUAAAAGUAGUCCUUGUGCAUAGAUGUGGUUCGUUUAACUGCAAUUACUGAUUUUUAGUUUGAAAUAACAUUUCAAUUUAAAGAAUCUGAGUCACACUGUUGCCAUGGAAUUGCCCUAUAUCUACAGACGCGAAUCGACUUGGAGUCCCUCCCCGCAGGCAGGUCUGUGAAAUUCCUCCAGUUAUGUUGUAAACAGAGGAAAUGCAGCUUGUUGAAGUUGUGACAGAUACACGUUUGACUGUCUUUAGUGCCUUCCAGUAACACAUGACCUGACUACACCUGACCCAUGUGAAGGAGUAGGGGGAGAGGGAGCGAGAGGAGCCACACCACACACGCCAUGGCAGCUUUCACCAGUACCCCCAAAGUGAGAUCCAGGAGUGCUCCUCGGCACAGAGACUGGGACCAGAGCCCGGCCGAGUGUGACUGGAAGGACUGUGAGGCUGGAGGCGACGAGAGAUCUACAGGACACAGCACCAUGCUGGAGAAGACCCAGGACUUCUUCCAGAUCUGUGACAUCGAGGACAAAGGCUUCAUCACCCACCGGGACAUGCAGCGGCUCCAUGGACAGCUGCCCCUCAGUGCAGAGGAGCUGGAGAAUGUCUUCGACACCCUGGAUUCUGACGGCAACGGAUACCUCACCCUGCAGGAGUUCUCCUCAGGGUUCAGUGAAUUCCUGUUUGGCCGAAGGAUCUCUGUAACAGAAGGGAUGGGGGAGGCCAGCCCCAUUGUCAAGGAAGCCAACCAAGGCCCCCCAGACUCCCUUUACCAGACCCAGUGGGAGGAGAGGCUGAUGGGCAGCGAGGACGAGGAAGAGAGGCACUUCUGCAUGCUCAUGGAGAGCUUGGGCGCCAGCAACGUCUUUGAGGACCCUGGUGAGGUGCGUAGUCUGUGGGCCCAGCUGAGAAGAGAUGAGCCGCAUCUCCUGUCCAACUUUGAGGAGUUCCUGGCCAGGGUCACCUUCCAGAUCAAAGAGGCCAACCAGGAGAAGAGGGAGAUGGAGAGCGCCCUUAAAAGAAAAGCAGCAACACAUGACGACGAGAUCCAGCGCUUAUAUGAAGAAAUGGAGCAGCAAAUCAAAAAUGAGAAGGACAGGAUCCUCCUGCAGGUAAAGGAAGAGAUCUCCCACUGCAUACGCCUUGUUAGUAACCUCAGUUUUGGGGAAGAUCCUCUUGUUCUCCCUCCCGCUCUCUCUCUCUCUCUCUCUCUCUCUCUCUCCCCCCUGCAGGACUCUGAGCGCUUCCUGUCUAGGAGCCAGGACCUAGAGCAUCAGCUCUCCAGUAAGGAGCGGGAGCUGGAGCAGAUCUUCCAGAAACAGAGGCGGUUGGAGUGUCAGUGUCGGGAGCUUCACAGCGAGCAGCACGUGACCAAGGUGGAGAAUGUGAAGCUGAAGCAGACCAAUGAGGAUCUGGCCCAAGAGCUGGAGCACACCAGUCAGGAGCUGAGCCUGGCCCAGGAGCAGCUGGGCCUCCUGCAGGAGCAGUCGUCACGCCUGCACAAGGAGAGGGAGAGGGAAAUGUACCAGGUCACAGAGGGAUUGCAGAGAGAGCGAGCAAGCCUGCUGAAACAACUUGACCUGCUGAGGGAAAUGAACAAACACUUACGAGAUGAACGAGAUAUGUCCUCGUAUCAAAAACUGAGGAAUACUGUUGAAAAUCCUGCUUGGAACCCGAGGCCUGGAUCAAAUACUCUGAAUCCCUUUGACAAAAAGGCCUUUAAAUGUGAGGAAGAGGUAGGGCUCCCCCACUCUAAGAAGAAGAGCCCAGGGGGAGUGAAUGGCUACAGCCUGGAGGAUGUGGUAGCCUCCAAACCCCCCCACAUACCCCUACAGAGGAUCAUCUCCAUAGAGGAGGACCACCUACCCCAGCUCUUGCAGGAUGACUACCAUGCCCUGCUCUGUGAGUGGAGCGAGGAGGCGGAGGAAGACGGGGAGGAGGAAGAACACAUAGAGCUGCAGAUGAACUCAAUAUAUCCUCCAAGUUCUCUUCCGACUAGGGAGCAGCAGCCAGCUGACACCAGAGAGUCAGAGACGCCUACUUCCCCCAGGGGCCAGCCUGUCGGCAAGGAGACCGUGGUGAACGAGGUUGCAGCACCACCCCCGGACCGCCUGUUUAAGAUCGUGCUGGUAGGGAACUCUAGCGUGGGGAAGACAUCCCUCCUCAUGAGGUUCUGUGACGACUGCUUCUACCCAGGCACCUCUGCCACCGUGGGCAUAGACUACAGUGUGAAAACGAUAACGGUGGACAACAGCCAGGUGGCGCUGCAGAUGUGGGAUACAGCAGGACAGGAGAGGUAUCGCAGCAUCACCAAGCAGUUCUUCCGCAAGGCUGACGGUGUGGUAGUCAUGUAUGACAUCACUGAUGAGCAGAGCUUCACUGCUGUGAGACAGUGGCUGACCAGUGUACAGGAGGGGGCCGGCGAGGAUAUUCCCAUCAUGCUGCUGGGAAACAAAACGGACAAGGAGAGCGAGCGGGAGGUUCAGACGAGAGUAGGCGAAAAAUUGGCCAAGGACUGCCAGUUGAUUUUCUAUGAGUGCAGUGCUUGCUCUGGACAAAACGUUGUACACUCUCUGGUACAUUUGGCAAGAAUUCUGAAAGAGCAGGAGGACAGAGAGAAAGAGAAGACGGUCCAACUGGUAAACGGCUCUUCACAUAAGAAGAGGUCCUGCUGCUAGCAACAAGAAGGCUACUAGCUAGCUUCUAUCUUCUCAACACACAAGGUGAUGGUGAACUCACCUAAUUAAGUAUACAGUAUAUUCUGACUAGAGUUCCUUCAGAACUCAAAGAUCUACAGCACUAUACCUCUCACUGUCACCCAGUCCACCUACGGUGUGAACACCUGUUUCUUGAGUCUGUGGUUUUUUAAAAACAAAAACACAUCUUCGAGGGGGUAAAAAAAUAAAAAUAAACAUGUCUUAGCAUUUCACACGAUGAAAGGGCCAGGGUAGGUGCUGACACAGCCAUACAUGGAUAAUGACAUUUUUUAAAAGACAGUCUUGCACUACAAUAAUAAAAUAUAGAUUUUCCUUAAUGACAACUUAUUUUUAAUGAAAAUGUAUUUUCAACUAGCUAAGUCAAAACCAGUAACUAUACUACUUUUAUAUUUAAUUCAGUACAGUUUACACUGUCUGACAAAUGUACUGAAAAAAUAAAAGUAAACCUUGUUAAUAGUUGGGUUAGGUUUCGUGAAAUCUGAAUUUGGUUCAGGACCAAUUUAACAUUUUCCAAUAGUAGAGAAGGGUUAUAACAUUUGUCAGAUUUGGACAUCAUCUCAGAUCAAUUUGAUGAAUAGAUUAGCUUAUCCCUCAAAUGUAAUAAGGUUUACUGUGUUGUAUAUGUAAUGUCGGGACGAUUUACCAGAAGUCAACUACAGAUGUGGGAUCCUAAUUCGACCAGUAUUGUCGCAGCAAAAUAAUCCUGCAGCAACAGGAUUUGAAAGUUUAGUCCAUUAACUUUUCUGCCGACGUAAUGUUGCUAGAUUAGGCUACAUGAUUAGGCUACAUGAAAAGUGCAAUACUGUUAAUAUAAUGUGAGUUUUUAGUGAAUCUAUGUCAAUUCUGGGGCACAGAAAUUCUCAGCAACAGCAGUGAUCAAGUGAAGAUCCUACAUCUGUACGUGUCUAGAAAGUCUAAUUGGCAGCUUUUCCUUUUACACAAAUGUUUGUUUUACACUUUGCAUUGACAGUGGAAGGUAGUAAAGCUCUGACAUACUAUACCUCUCUCAAAGCGUUUGCAUAUAAACCGUCACAACUAUUUAGCUUUUUUAUGUAAUUGGCACAGUGUUAUUUCUAUGAAUGAGUUCUGUUGUACUGUAGUUGUUUGCUUAGUUUUGCCAAGAGAUUUGCCUUCUCUUAGAAGUAUUUGUUUGUGGGCGCACUAAAACAGUUCUCCUAAUAAUUCCAUAAGAAUGUAUAUUGUGCCAAGUAUCCUUGAACAAAUGUUCCAUUUUAAAUCUAACACAUUGCAAUGUAUGCCGUCACUGUACCUGUAAAGUACCUCAGAUACGUAUGAGAGACUGGAGGUAUCUUUGGAUACGUACUGUACUGUAUGUGUAUGUUCUGUGAUGUUGAAGGAUACUGAGAUUGUAAUUUGGAGCCCUCCGGUAUAGAGAGUAUUCCUUAUGUAUUUGACAGUGUGCCAUAGCGCCAUGACUACUCUAAAUGAACCAAUUCAGUUGCAUUUGCGCCACGCUACUGGGCCUGUGUUCUUGCACAAUAAUGUAUGUGAAAAUGUAAAUAGGAAAAAUGUUGUAUGGUUUCUCUGAAUAAUAAACAGAUAUUGUAUAUUUCA